UAUAAAUAUACAUGAGUUUGAGGAGGGUGAUGAGGUUGGUGGCUAGCUCAUCAAGCAGUAGGAUCCUUCCUCAUGGCGUCUCUCCAACGUUUCUUCUUUCUCUCCUCGCUUAUUAUCAUGGCAGCGGCGGCGACAGCAGACAGUUAUGUAGCUUCCAGGGAGUCGGCGACGAGGCGCAGUGUGUCGGACAAUGGCCUCGCCAGGACUCCUCCGAUGGGGUGGAACAGUUGGAACCAUUUCCACUGCAACAUCACUGAGGAGGUCAUCAGAGAAACUGCUGAUGCCUUGGAGUAUACAGGCCUUGCCAAGUUGGGUUAUCAAUAUGUUAAUAUAGAUGAUUGCUGGGGCGAGUACGACAGAGACUCUCAGGGAAAUUUAGUCGCAAGGGUGUCAACUUUUCCCUCUGGCAUAAAGUCUCUUGCAGAUUACGUGCAUGGGAAAAGGCUGAAGUUUGGAAUCUACAGUGAUGCAGGGUACUAUAACUUCUCGUCAAAAACAUGCAGCAACACAAUGCCUGGUUCUCUUGGCUUCGAGGAACAAGAUGCAAAGACCUUUGCGUCUUGGGGCAUUGAUUACUUGAAGUAUGACAACUGUAACGAUCCUGGUACCAGUCCAAAAGAAAGGUAUCCAAAAAUGGGAGCUGCUCUUUUGAACAGUGGAAGGAGCAUUGUCUUCUCUCUGUGUGAAUGGGGUGUCGAGGACCCAGCAACAUGGGCUGGCAGCAUAGCCCACAGUUGGAGGACAACAGGAGAUAUCUUUGAUAGUUGGGACAGCAUGACGUCGAUUGCCGAUCAGAACGACAAAUGGGCAUCUUAUGCAGGACCUGAUGGCUGGAAUGAUCCUGACAUGCUUGAAGUAGGGAAUGGGGGAAUGACGAGGGAAGAGUAUGUAUCCCAUUUUAGUAUAUGGGCCCUGAUGAAGGCUCCUUUGUUGAUCGGAUGCGAUGUGAGAUCAAUAACUAAAGAUACACUUGAGAUAUUGAGCAACUCGGAAGUCAUAGCUGUUAAUCAGGAUUCACUUGGAAUUCAAGGGAAGAAGGUGGCUUCUCAUGAUAGUUUACAGGUUUGGGCAGGUCCCCUGAGCGGUGGGAGAGUGGCCGUGGUCCUGUGGAACCGAGGAAAUUCACAAGCAAUGAUAACAGCAAAUUGGUCUGAUUUAGGACUUUUGAGUUCGACUCGCGCUAAUGUCCGCGAUCUUUGGGCGCAUUCUGAUAUUGGAAUAGCUCAAGGGCGGCUCAACGCCACUGUGGAUUCUCAUGCCUGCAAGAUGUUUGUUCUCACACCGCAGUAGAACAUCCUGCUCUUCUAGUUUAGAUAAGAAAGAAAAAGGCACCCCAUUGUUUUCAUACAGAAUAAGUCAUUUCAGUGGAUGAUACCAGCCAUGUGUUUUGUAGACUGAAAAAUAGUGAAAAAUUCUCAGAUUAAUAAAAAGUAACCAAUUUCACUUUCGAUUGUUUUGAUUGAAAUUGAGCAUAAAGACUAAAGUUCAAAGGAAAGGAUGACCUUUUUAAUUUAACCUUAUAACAUCACAAUGAGGACCUUUUCCUGCACUACAACUGCACUUCAACAGCAGGAGGAAA